AUGGCCUCCUGGUCAUCAUGGUCUAACAGCGACUCCAGCAGCAGCUGGGACAACCGACAACAAUGGAAUCGAUGGAGCAAAGAAGACAAAUGGGACUCCAAAUAUUCAGAGAAGUCGUGGGAAUAUGUAGCCAGUCCCACGUAUCAAACUUUUUCUUUGCCGUCUUCUUUUGUUUCUGAUGACCAGCACUAUGACAAGACCCCUUUGGGCAAAGGUGCUCAUGUGCUGCACAAGUUGGUUCAACCAACAGAGUGGUCUCGCAAAGCGGGGCUUGCUGGCCGGGAUGUCAGCGACAUCCGUGCUUUUGAGCUUGCCCAUCGGGGCCUUGGAGAUUUCUCAUUUCGAUUGUUGUCGGAAGGACGGCACCAGAGUAUCGUCUGGGCUCGAAGCGGCCAAGAAUCGGUACUCAUCACUGCACUGUUGAAGAAGCUUCGUGAAAGUGGUGUGUCUAUCGAUGAGGCAGCGAAAGCAUGCCAUACUUCGGCUCCUCCAGACAAGCAUAAGGAAGCAAUGCGAUUCAUGGAACCGCUUGCUCAAGAACUUUUGAAUUGUGUUUUGGCCAAAGCGCCUCCAACAAAUCCGGAUGCCUCUGAAGAACUUGCCAAAGCUAAAGCCAAACUGGCUGCACAUGGCAUUGCAAUGUCCCCUGUGAAAAGGAAGGCGACUACAGAUCUUGAGCCUGACUCAGGUCGACGGGCAAAGCCUGCCAUGCCCAUUGCUGAGCCGGAAUCCCAAAUGGAAGCUGAACAGCUCCUUAAAGAUCCGCAACGAAAGGUGGAUACUCGUCCCAAAGGAGCCACAGAUGACCAUGUCACUGAAUGGCUAGCCACUUACAAGAACAAGCCAGAGUUUAAAGGCAAGUAUCAAAUGCUGGUCAAGCAUGUACAGACUGUCCAGAAGCUUCUCAAAACUGAAGCAUCUAAAGACCAACUGGUUGCAGCUGCUAAAGAGUUUGGUCUGGACCCAAAGUUGGCAUCCAGACUGUCCAUCAAGAAUUUGUCCACUGUGAUUGCGGUUGCACAAUUUCAAACUGCUUGA